CCUGUCAAUCACGGCCCCAUUCCUACCUCUAUAGUCCAUCCUGCCAGAUGCGGCUGAACAAGAUAGACAUCAUUUUUCUAUAUCCUGUGUAUUCUGCGUAUUCUGUAUAUUCUUUUAUCAUUUAACGCUUCUUGUAAUUCGAAAUACCCCGGUUACCAAUGGCUAAAUCCGAUACCUCGCCUUUAGGCGCCAAUGCUGCGGCUGAUGAAGAGCACCGCCUCCUCGUGCAGGAAUUCUUAAAGUCGGCUUCAUCAACAGAGUUGGGGAAUGUCUGGGGAGAGUCAAUCUGCACGACAGACUUGAAAGUCAUCUCCGCCACAGCUAAGCCAAACGGAAGAGUGGUAUUUGAAUACACCUGCCAGGCCAGCCACGCCAACCGCCUAGGAAACCUGCACGGCGGAUGCGCCGCCACCAUCUUCGACAUCGCCACCACGGCAGCGCUGGUUCCCGUCUCGAAGCCGGACUUCUGGAAAUUCGUCGGCGUGAGCAGGACGCUGAAUGUAACCUACCUGAGGCCUGUCCCGGUGGGCGAGACGGUCAUUAUUGAGUGCGAUGUUAUUGCCAUUGGGAAACGAUUGUCUACAAUAACUGGUACUAUGAAGCGCAAGUCUGACGGCGCUCUUACUUGCAUAUGUGAGCAUGGAAAGGUCAACAUUGACCCGAAGUUGUGAUCUGCCUUAUAUGGUGUCAGAGGUAUUAUACGGAGUAUAUAGACGCGCCGCAAUUCAUAGAAUUUAGCGAUGAUAAACGGGCUUUGUCUGGGUGUAUUUAGAUAUAUAUUAGAAAUAUAUGAGUGUGACUGUUGUUACAUAUAUUCUACAGUAUCUCCUCGG